AUGGAGAUGACUGCUGAUUUGUAUCAUAGGUGGGGUCAACCCGGCGAUGAAGGCCGGCGUGAAAAUGAAGUCACUAUACGAGAAGCGCUGGCGAAAGGCUUUGCUUCCGAUCUUGACCGGUCCCAACGAGUCGUUACUCUCACCAACCCUAACCAAGCCAUCGAUACUGGAGGUGUGUAUGGCUUUACGGCUGGAAUUGCCAGACAACAGGGCGGUGUACUACUGGCCAAUCCUGGAAUUCAAGGAGUAGGAGAGCAUAACAACGUAUCGAUGGAGGAAGAUGCAAAUUCCCAGCAAGAAGAUGAUUACGACGAGCUCUACAACGUUACACCUCCUGGACAAGCACAUCCGGUCUCUCGACCUCUUCAACCUCUUCUGACGGUUCUCUCCCCUCACCCUGGUCGUGAAGGCUUGCCUGGGCUUGCCUACCCCUCCCUCACCCCGCCGGGCCAAUCAAGCAGCGUUGGAUCAGCUCAGAUUGGCGACAAUCGUGAUCACACACCGUCAGGUCAAGGCUAUGGUGUUGUAGGGCCGUCCAACACAGAUCUGGCAGCAGCCAUGCCCGCGGGAGCAACAGGCGGCGACGGUGCACAUACUCAGACAGCGGGCUUGCUUCGGCCCAUGGAAGACUAUCAACUUCAACUCCUGACAGCGUUAGGCUCGGAGCGGUAUGCACCCAUGAUGGAGGGCAACAUUGACGGCAACUGCCGAGGCGAAGAGAAAGCUGGAGACGGAACUGGGGAGGAGCGGAGUGGAUCCUUACAAUAA